AUGUCGCGCCUAUCGACCUUACCGCGGGUCUAUAUCGGGCGCCUCAGCCAUCGGGCCCGGGAGAGGGACGUGGAGCGUUUCUUCAAGGGCUUUGGGAAGAUCGUAGAGGUGGAUUUGAAGAACGGGUAUGGCUUUGUGGAGUUUGAAGAUAUGCGUGAUGCUGAAGAUGCUGUUUAUGAGAUGAAUGGAAGAGACCUAUGUGGUGAACGAGUCAUUGUGGAACAUGCACGUGCUCCAAGGAGGGAAGCGCGCAGUGGUUAUGGAUACCGCAAAAGUGGAAGUGAGAAGUUUGGCCCUCCAGUUCGAACAAUCUACCGACUGAGGGUAGAAAACCUUUCCACCCGAUGCAGUUGGCAGGACCUUAAGGAUUUCAUGCGCCAGGCUGGAGAAGUUACUUACGCAGAUGCACAUCAGCGUCGUCCUAAUGAAGGAAUCAUUGAGUUCCGUACAUAUUCGGACAUGAAGCGGGCGCUAGAUAAACUGGAUGGUUCGCAGGUUAAUGGGAGGAGAAUACGUUUGGUGGAGGAUAGGGCUGGAUCCAGAUAUUCUUCUUCACGCAGUCGCUCCAGGUCACGCUCACGUAGGAGUAGCCCUUCUAGAUCAAGGUCUCGAUCACGCAGCAGGAGCAGAAGGCACAGUAGGAGAAGCAGGAGUUACAGCAAAGACAGCAGGGAUAGCAGGAGUAAAGAGAAAAAUGGUAGCAAGCAGAGAGAUCAUAGCAGCAGUAAAGAGAGAAGUCCAGACCCAGCGCACAGUGAGAGAGACAGAAGCUUGAGCAGGGAAAGACGUGAUAGUGAUGGAAGUCUGAGAAAGGAUAGGGACAGAAGUGGCAGUAGACAUAGGAGAGAUAGGAGCAGGAGCAGAAGCAGAAGCAAAGACAGGAAAGAGAAGAAUAGCAGACGGAGCAAGGAAAGAAGAGAUAGAAGUCAUAGUAGAGAGAGGAGUACCAGCAGAGACAGAGAUAGCCGGAAAAGGAGGGAAUCUUGCAGCUCAGAAAGGAGCCAUAGCAAUGAAAGUAGAAAGAAUGGUAGGCGAUCAAGCCGUAGUAUUAGCCAAGAGAGAGCUCGGAAACGUAGCAGGGAGAGAAGUGUCAGUGAAGAGCGCUCCAAGAAAAGCAGGAGAGAGGACACAGUGGCAUUUACUACAGAAUCUGACCAGGAACAUGAAAUUGAGGAAGGUGAGAUUGACUACCCCAGGUCUGCAACAGCCAAUGUUCCUGCUCCAUCAUCUCCUCCAUCAUCUCCCCCACCUUCUCCCCUGCCUGCUGAACCUGUUGCCAUACCAGAAAUUAAAGAGGAAGAGGAAGCCCCAGCAGUCAGUUCUCCUUCCAAACCGCAAUCUAUGUCACCCUCCACCACCGAAGCUUGA